CCCACAACAAUUUUUACUCUUUAAGUGGAGCGUGUAAGAUUUGAAGAUGGCGGCGGAGUUUAUAUUUCAUAAAGGUUCUCCAACGUAUCUACAUCCUGAAAAUGCUGUAAAUGAUGUAAUGAGCAUUAGCCAGUUUAUGGCCCAAAAUUUAAGGCAGUCUCAGCCAAUACCUCCUCCUCCGAAACAUACUUUUGAUAUAUCUGAAGGGGAAAGUGUUGAAAUAGAAAAAAUAGUGGCUGCUGAAAAAAAGGAUGGGCUAUUAUACUAUAAAGUUAAAUGGGUGAAAUAUACGUGGGAGGCAGAAGAGAGCAUUCAUCAUCUACCUCACCUUAUUGAUGGUUAUUGGCGAGAACACUUUUACCAAAACAUCAACCAGACUGCACUAGAAACAAGUAUUGGAUUAGUUAAUGAAAAUGAUUUUUCAAGAAAUAAGUCUGUUGUUGUUGAAAGGGAUCAACAAAAUAAGGCUGCAACUGGAGCCCAUCUUAUUGGUGAUAAGAUUAUCAUAACUACUGAUAACAGAGUUUUAAGUAACCCAAAUGCUGUUGUAAGUGAUCACCAUGAUGUCAUUAUGGAAUUCACCCUGCCAGGGGCUAAACCAAUGGAUCAUUCCUAUCAACAGCAAAUUGAUGAUCCUUCUCCUAAAAAACAACGUAGGUCUUAUCCAUUAGAAAGAAAGUACUUAUGCACUGUUUGCAAUAAAGCAUUUGACAGAAACACCUCACUUACACGUCAUUUAUUGACACAUACUCGUGAAAAGCCAUUCAAAUGUCAACUUUGUGAUAAAGCAUUUAGUCAAAAUGCACAUCUAAAAAGACAUAUACUUAUUCAUAUUGGACAAAAGUCGUAUCAAUGUAAUAAAUGUGGCAAAAUGUUUAUAGAAAAAGGAGGUUUAGCAAGGCAUGAAGCAACCCAUAGCACUGAAAAGCCUUGGGUUUGUAAUCAGUGCGGUAAAGCAUUUGUAUUGAAUGAGUAUUUACAACGACAUCUUUUUUUACAUACUGGACAAAAGCCUUAUCAAUGUAAUGAGUGUGGCAGAUUGUUUGCAGAUGGCUCUUCUUGGCGUGCUCAUAAAUUAACUCAUAAUAAAGAGAAAAAGUAUAAAUGUCCUAUUUGUUCUAAAAUGUUAAAAUGCAAGCGCAAUUUCAAAAAACAUGUUGCAGCACAUGAAGAGGAUAAAGAACUUAAACAUGUAUGCGAUGUAUGUGAUCAAAGAUUUCCGAACAAAAAACUGCUUAAGCAGCAUAAUAAAAAGAAUCGAAAGCAUCAUAGAUGUACUGUAUGUCGAAAGCCUUUAAAAACCGCAGAUAAAUUUGUUGCUCAUAUGGCCACUCAUGACCCUAAUUCAGAAACAUAUAAUCCUAAUCUUGUUAAACUUGAUCCUGAAGAAGAAGAAGAUGAAAAAGAUGAUGAAGAGGAUGAUGCUGAUGAUAAGUCGGAUGAUGAAGAUAAAUCAGAUGAAGAUUGUUUCCAAAAUGACAGUAUCAAGGUUGGACAAACUGAUGAAGAAGACUCUAUAAAAAGCGGUUUAAGCGGACAAGACAAUGCUUUAGCUUUUACAGCACUAAUUAUUAAACCAGAUCAUCUGGAAAGUAUGGCCUCAUUGUCAAAUAGCAAUAACUCUUCUUUACAGAUAAGUACCACAGCUAAUUUAGCUAAUUCCAGCGUAAUUAGACAACUGUCAUCUAGCUCACUUGGAUUAAAAUCUCCAUUGCCUACUUCAUUAGCAUCUGCUUCGCAGAUUAGUUCUUCAAUUAAUGUACUACACGACGUUCCUGGUAGUUCCCAAUUGCAUCAUUCAUUGCCUAAUAUUAAUAAAGUAAAUGAUUUAAUGUCAGCAGAGCACGACAUAAAGACUAGUUUACCUAAUGUAGAUUUAAGAGUUUUAUCACCCGAAUUACAAGCUGGAAUGUUUAUUUCUUCUGACAUUCAACCAUUAGACAUGACCUCUCAAAUUCAGAAUAUAAAACAUAUGAAACCUUCUUUCUCUAAUGCUCAAAUCGUGUCUCAUUUGUGCAAUGUUGAUAUAAAUCAAAUUGGAACUUCUCAGAUUCCAAAUGUUCAAAUUUUAUCUAAUAGUUCACAAAUGACUGUUGAUAAGUUGAUGUCAUCUUCUAUUAGAACUGCUUCUUUAUCAAAUUCACUUUAUUCAGGUCAUAUCGACAGUAAUGAACCUGUCUCCGUUUUUAUGAGCAAUGUAUCAAGCGAUAAUAAAUCACUGAUUGACAAUACAAGUUUGGUUCAUACUCAAACCAAUGAUACAGUUGUUUCCGACACCGUUUUAAUGCUGACUCAAGAUAAUGGUGUUGGUAUACUACCGCAGGUGUUACCAAGAUAAUACGUAUAAAUGUAGGAUCUUUCGAAGUUCAUAUAAGGUUCUAUGGUUAUGAGGUUCUUACCAGAGUAUGGGCUCAGACUAAAUGUCAAUGUAUUUUUCUUAAAAGAAAUUUUUAAAGUAAUUUGUUUUUUGAAAAUUACAUAGCUACAUUUAUACGAAAAACGUAUUUAAGUCCACUGGAAUAAUUGUCUGGCUAACGAAAGUUUUAUAUUCAAAACACAUGGCUUUUCGAUGCAUGUUUUUAUCAUUACUCACAAGCCUGAACUGCUACUGCGAUCCUGUACAUAUAUCAUAUAUUAGUGUUUGUUGUAAAUAUGGAAAUAGUGUUAGUAAUUCACACACGCAAACUUUUAUAUUUAAAAUGGUGUGUGUGUAUAUAUGUGUGUGUGUGUUGUGUGUGUAUAUAUUUAUAUAAAAAUAUUUUUCAUUUAUAAUGCAAAAGCUUUAAAUUUAUUAGUUAUUAUUUUUUUCAACUUUAAAUUUGUUAAAGUUAGUUUGUAUUAAUGCGCGCGCUUCGUUUAAUAAUUAAAACAUACUCUAUUGUUUUUCUUAAAUAUUUUGUAAUGCUCUUUCUUGGUGACUUUAUU